CAGAUUUUUGAAACGAAAUAUUUAGUACAUGUUGCGUGUUGCUCAGUAACCUAUACUUAGGAUCACGAAUUCUAUCUUCUGCUAAUGACCCGCAUUCUCCAGAAUCGUCCUCAUAGAAGGCAGUAAUGAAUUUAUUUAAAGUUAUUAUUUGCUUCAUGAAAAUAGCAAGUUUGGGAAAUGCUUGUCUUGAGUUUAAGUUCUCCCGAGAAAUAUCAGCCUCUGAUUCUAUUCAGGUGAUAUCUAACUAUACAGGAUCUUCUAAAGAAGAACUAUUUGGUUUGUGCGCUCCAAGAUGUUUAUCGGAUAUGGCUUGUAACGCUUUUGACAUCUGCAUUGAAAAGUUACAGUGUAGAACAAUCAGGGGAUGGACUCCAUUUCUUACUGGGGAUGUUUCUGCAGGUCUGUGUCGACGAUAUCAAAUUGAAUGUGACGAUGGGUAUUUCUAUGACAGAGAGAAUAAGACGUGUAGAAAACACGAGUAUUGCGAUUUCGAAGGUGACCCAGAAUCCUCCUGCUUUCUUUCGGAAUCUACCGCUGAUGAAUUUGACUGGACAUGUCACACGGGUCCGACGAAGUCGGUUGGCACAGGUCCUACGUCAGCUGCCAGUGGACAAUACUAUAAGUACAUUGAAACAUCAAAAAUUGGUCAACACGAAAGAGCGCUACUAGAAACCACCAAGACAUUUCAAGAUAAAACCUACUGUCUGACUAUGUACUACCAUAUGUAUGGAGCUACAACAGAAAGUCUCUUGAUACAAACAAAGAAAGUGAAUGAUGCUCACAUCACGCGCUGGCAGAAGUCUGGUAACCAAGGCAAUAUCUGGUACCAGUUAUCGGGAGUCAACCUCACUCUAGACUCUCAGACUAAGAUAUUAAUUGAGGCAACAAAGGGAUCAUCAUAUACUGGAGACAUCGCCAUUGAUCAUGUGAAGCUUUGGCCGUUUGCUUGUCCGUGAUCUUAACAUUCUUGAUGUCAUCAUACAAUUUGUCUUGGGACUUUCUGUAUUUAUACACCUCAUUAUUUAUGUUAAAGAUGUUGUGUCGUCAGUAAACGGUGCAUUCCAUACUUUGCAAGUUAACAGAAAUACUUUAAAGAAAAUUCUGAGAAGAAAGCAUCGAUGAAGAGACAAUGAAAAAAUGUUACCUUUUCAUUAUGAAAAAUAAUCAGCUUGAUUUAAGUUUUCUAUAACAAAUACCUUGAUAUGUUGUUAAUGAUGAAUUUUAUAUAUUUGCUGAUUAUAAAUUUUAUAUUUCAUUGCCACUUACAUAUAUAAAGAAUCAUAAUUCUCAACUGCAACAGACUUCUGAGUUAAAGUUUGUUUUCUUUCGUCUUGUCAUAUCGAUGUUCAUGACAUUAUGCUUUACAUGUCCCCAAGGGUUCAGAAUUGCUUUAAUAAAUCGUAUUUUCAUUCUUGUACAGUUUGUUAAUGAAUUACAAUGAGUGAUAUCCAGAAGCUUUUGAAAUUGGUUUAUUCUGUAAAUAGAUCCAAUCUUCUUCACUACCUGCAAAUUUGAUUUAUCUUAGUAUCAUUUUAGAAUCUUAUGUUAUGAGACGUACUUGAGGAUGAAUUAAAGCUUUUACUGUAACAGUUAUACAAAUUUGUUGUUCAAUGUAUCUUUGAUGUUAUGAGACGUACUUGAGGAUGAAUUAAAGCUUACUGUAACACUGUUAUACAAAUUGGUUGUUCAAUGUAUCUUUGAUGUUAUGAGAUGUACUUGAGGAUGAAUUAAAUCUUUUACUGUAACACUGUUAUACAAAUUUGUUGUUCAAUGUAUCUUUGAUGUUAUGAGAUGUACUUGAGGAUGAAUUAAAUCUUUUACUGUAACACUGUUAUACAAAUUUGUUGUUCAAUGUAUCUUUGAUGUUAUGAGAUGUACUUGAGGAUGAAUUAAAUCUUUUACUGUAACACUGUUAUACAAAUUUGUUGUUCAAUGUAUCUUUGAUGUUAUGAGACGUACUUGAGGAUGAAUUAAAGCUUUUACUGUAACACUGUUAUACACAUUUGUUCUUCAAUGUAUCUUUGAAACCCAGAGUAUAAACAUACACUGUAUCCCCCUCAAAUAAAAUGU